AUGUCAAACGAAUCACGCCCUCCAUUUCCUCCAUUUGAUGCCGAGUCGGCCAAGGUCAAGGUCAAGGCUGCUCAGGAUGGAUGGAACACCAGAAACCCAAGCGCCGUGAAGAUGGCGUACACCCCAGACUCCAUCUGGCGGAACCGUGACCAGUUCCUCCAGGGCCGCGAUGCCAUUGAGGCAUUCCUCUCCAAGAAGUGGGAGAGGGAGAACGGAUAUCGGCUCCGCAAAGAACUAUUUGCAUUCACCGACAACAAGAUUGCCGUUCAGUUCUGGUACGAGUGGUACGAUGAGUCCGGCCAGUGGUGGCGUACCUACGGUCUCGAGGACUGGACAUUCGCCGACGACGGCCUGAUGAGGAAGCGCCAGAUGAGCGGGAAUGAUGUCAAGAUCAGCGAGGAGGAGAGGUGGUUCAAGGACGGAGUGGACGUCAACGCAGUCGAUAUAUCCGAGAAACACUGGUAG